GACUGGGAACAGCAAUCAGAGGGCGGCGGGCUGAAAGGAACCUGGCAGGCCCAAAGCCGUAGGGGUGUGGGCAUGUGACAAUUCGCAGGAGCCAGGAGAGAGCUGAGCGAGGCUCAGCACGCACUUCUGUUCUUCUCCAGGCCCCUUCCCAGCGUCUGCAAGGUCUUCUGCUGGCCAAGCGCCCUGCGUCGGCCGCAGGAUGGGCAGCUGCAGAGGGAAGGUCCUCUGGGCUCUCUGUCUCCUGCAGCUCCUGACAGCCAGCUCUGCCAAGGACAGCUGGAAGCCCGCCCUCCCAGACAGGCUGCCGGAGAGGUCCCGCGAAGAGGAGGCGAGCACCCCAGGCCUCCGGCAGCCUCGUGCUGACCGCUGUCCUCCACCCCCGAGGACCCUGCCCCCUGGAGCCUGCCAGGCUGCGCGCUGCCACGCCGACUCCGAGUGCCCACGGGGACAGCGCUGCUGCUACAACGGCUGUGCCUACUCCUGCCUGGAGGCAGUGCCGCCUCCACCGGUUCUAGACUGGCUGGUACAGCCGAAGCCACGGUGGCUGGGAGGCAAUGGCUGGCUCCUGGAUGGCCCUGAGGAGGUGCUGCAAGAGGCCUGCAGCACGACUGAGGAUGGUGCGGAGCCCCUUCUUUGUCCCUCAGGCUAUGAGUGCCACAUCCUGAGCUCAGGGAAUGCGGCUGAGGGCAUCCCCAACCGUGGGCAGUGUGUCAAGCAGCGCAGGCAGGCAGGUGGGCAAUUCCCGCGACACAAGUUCUACAGAGAACACCCAGGUGAGAGCAGAAGCCAUCCGUCCUUUGCAGAAGACGCGAAGAGGGCAGGUGUGCGCUUCUUAGGUAAAGAAGGAAAAUCAAGGCCCCAGAGCUGAGAUGUGGGGGAAAUGGGGGCAAAGACCAGAAAUCCCCAGAAGCCCUAUCCUCCCACAGCGGGGGGUUGGGGGGGGCAGGUGUGAGCCAAGGGGUCACUGCCACAAUACGGCCUCGUGCAGGAUCUCAGAACCUGGUGCUGGACGUGCUCAUGUCCUUCCUGCCUCCACUGGGAACCAGAAAUGAUGACUACUGUCGUUCUUUCAUCUGUUUAAUCUUUCAUUCCUGAUUAUCCAUUCAUUCACCCACCCAUCCAUCUAA